AGUGGUGUUUCCUAAAGUGUCCCACUGGCACCUCAUGAUGGAUCUGUGGAGGUGGAGGUUCUGCCAAGAGAGGGACAGACACCUGGCUGGUAAAUGGUGAAACCUCCUGCAGUGUUCAGUCUGCAGGCUGCCUCAUAAAAGCUGAAUUAAUCUCCCUCAGGUUCCCUCCCCAUCCCUAAAUUAUUCCUUUUGAAUUCAGCACUCUCUUUAUUUCUGCCCUGGGUGGAGCUACUCUAGAAGCCUAGGUUCUGGGAUCCUCCUAGGAUGAAACUGACCCUUGCUUCCUUGCAUUCUCUGAGGUUCCACUCAUGGCCUGAAUUGUGCCAAUUUGGACUGCCUUGAGGGUACUUUACACAGCAGGUAAAUAGGAUGGGACACUGGGUUUGCCAGCUGCCUUUGGCCAAGUUCCUUCCACUCUGGGGACUGAGCUCUGUGGCCUGAGCUUACCAACCAGCUAGAAAAGAAGACGGACACCCUGAGAAACCGAGCCUAGGCAACUCAGGACCGGAGGCUGCAUGGGAGCAUGACUGAGGACCUGCUAGAGGCUGGCAAAGCACACAGGCUGAGCGCCGAGGAGAGGGACCAGCUGCUGCCAAACCUGAGGGCCGUGGGGUGGAAUGAGCUGGAAGGCCGCGAUGCCAUCUUCAAGCAGUUUCAUUUCAAAGACUUCAACAGGGCUUUUGGGUUCAUGACAAGAGUGGCCCUGCAGGCUGAGAAACUGGACCACCAUCCUGAAUGGUUUAACGUGUACAACAAGGUCCACAUCACACUGAGCACCCACGAGUGUGCCGGCCUUUCAGAACGGGACAUAAACCUGGCCAGCUUCAUUGAACAAGUAGCUGUGUCCAUGACAUAGACCCUGCCCUUCCUCUUUGAAUUCCUCAGGGGGAAGGGGUGAUUGAACUGGGAAUCCAGGAAGGGAGCUGAGGAGCCCUUGGUGUCCCCCAGCUUCCCUCCCAAGACCCAGUUGCCUCCACUGGGGGGUGAGUCCUUGCUGUGGAAUGUGCUAACAUCCCUACCAACAUCAGGAAUUUAGACCUUUUCCCUGUACCACUCUCUUUAUCCUGGGGGCUCUGUUACACUAAUUUGAAUAAGCUCUCCCCUUUCUUUGCAACUUCUGAGCAACAAUAAUAAUUUUCUUGCCAGGCUGUAUCUUGCUCCCUAAUUCAUUUCCCAGGAAGUGUGACAGAGGGUGAAAUAAAGUCUUGUCUUAGAAACCAGUACCCUAAGCCUACACUAUGUAACAGAAACACACGUGCUUUUAUGUCUCAAAUAAAACUAUGAUAUCACUUGG